AUGAGAUCAAGUGCGCGGGCAAAUGGCAGCCCCAAGAGUGGAGGCAAUUCUCGAGGGCCAGGAUCUCUUUCUGUCCGGAAACCGAGCUUCUGCGAGUAUCAAGCCAUUCUCGAUGGACUGAAGGUCUCAUUCAACAAGAGAUGGAAAGCCAGUAAGCACAAAAAGGGGAAUGAAGCAUUCGAUGAUUUCGAGAGGGUGCGGACACUGGGGACUGGUGCAUUUGGAAGAGUUCUACUCGUCAAAUACAAACCCACGUCCCAGUAUUACGCAAUGAAGACUCUGGAGAAGGAGAAAAUCGUGAAGAUGAAGCAGGUUGAGCACACACUGAACGAGAAGAAAGUGCUUUAUGCAAUCAAGUACCCCUUUGUCGUCUCCAUGGAGUUCUUCUUCAUGGAUAAUUCAUUCAUAUACAUCGUAUUACCGUUCAUAAACGGCGGUGAGAUGUUCUCGCAUCUCAGAAAAAUGGGAAAGUUUGACGAAAAGUUGUCGCAGUUCUACGCAGCUCAAGUGGCGAUGGCUCUGGAGUAUCUGCAUUAUUGUGGACUCGUUUAUCGAGAUCUCAAGCCGGAGAAUAUUCUACUGGACCAGGAUGGCUACCUCAAACUGACGGACUUUGGCUUCUGCAAGAUGAUUGAGGGAAGGACCUGGACAUUGUGCGGAACUCCCGAGUACCUGGCGCCGGAGAUUAUUCUGUCCAAAGGAUAUGGCAAGUCUUGCGACUGGUGGAGUUAUGGAAUUCUCAUUUACGAGAUGAAUGCGGGAUAUGCGCCGUUUUACUCGCACGAUCCCAUGAGGAUUUACGAGAAGAUAGUGUCGGGAAAGUUCAAGUGCCCUAGUCACUUCAGCGACGAUUUGAGAGAUAUUUUGAGGAAUAUUCUUCAAGUAGACCUCACGAGACGCUAUGGAAACCUGAAGGAUGGCCCCUUGGAUAUUAAACGACAUUUGUGGUUUCGGGAUAUCAGUUGGGAUCAAAUUUACAACCGGAAAGUUGAGCCCUCUCAUGUUCCAAAGUGCAAAAAUGCCGGGGAUGACAGCAACUUCGAUCGUUACGACGAGGAGGAGAUUGUUGUUGGGUCUGAGGAUCGUUACGCGGAGGAGUUCGCGGAUUUUUGA